AUGAGACAUCUGACCACCAUAUACCAGACCGCUGUGAGCAUCCAAGCAUACACCCUCAACCGCGACCCUUCAUUCUUCCACUCAGCAACAUCCUUUAUCCCUGAGCGCUGGCUCCCCGAGGCCAGCACUAACCCAAAAUCUCCCUUCUACCAUGACCAGCGCAACGCUGUCCAGCCGUUCAGUGUUGGACCAAGAGAAUGCCUUGGCCAGCAUCUUGCAUGGGCAGAGCUGAGACUUAUCCUCGCUAGAUUAGUCUGGGCGUUUGAUUUCGAGGCUGUAGAGGGUAAGAAACUCAGAUGGGAGGAGCUGAGGACCUUUCUCCUGGUCGAGAAGAAGCCGAUUCAAGUGAGAAUUAAGCGGAGAUCACAUUAA